AUGACUGCUAGUGUAAAAGAAGGAGCCCAUUCAGAGGUCCUUGAUAAGAGACGUGUGAAUACUAAAUUGGGUCAAAAAAUAACUGCAAAUAGCUUAUCCUCGGAUGCUAAUUCAAGUAUGAAUAGUAAAAGAUUAGGUUUGGGUAUUGCAAGAAGACCGGGUGAUAAUCUUCUGGCAUCUAUAUCGGACAAUUAUGGAGGAAAGUAUGAGGUAAGUGGUGAAAAUAUGACUGAAUUACCACAACCAAGAGGUCUUUUCAUACAUAGGAACGAUCGCCCAAUUUCUGAUGAUUCCAUAGUUACAAAAAAUUCAGAACUUUUCUCUUCAGGUUUUUCAGAUGAUAACAAUUCGGGUGCAUCAUCUGUAGAGACUGAUGAAUUAUCUUCAGAAGGUGGGAUCAAUCUAGGUCUGAAUAACUUAACUGUUGGACCUAUAGCAUCCGAUGAACAUAAUAUGGACGGUUCAUUUAUCUCCGAUAACUUUGAAGAAUCAUUCAUCUCUACCGAUAGUGUUUCGACGUUACACAUCCCAAAUGAAAAUAGAAAUCAUGACAAAUCAUUCUCUUAUGAAAAUGGUCCACAGAGUAGAGCACAUAAAAUGAUUUCUACUAAUACAACUUCAAGUACAAUAAAUGCGAAUAAUAUGAAAAGUACGGGUACUCUUCCGCCAUUUAGGCCAAGAUCUAAUUCUUAUUCUUCAAAACAUCUAGGCACCUCUACAUUAUAUGAUCAUUCUAACAGUACCUCGGCCAUAUUACCGAAUAAGCAACAUUAUUUGACGCCCUCUCAGAGAUACCGUAUGCGUAAGGAGAGAAAUGAUACUUCAUUAAGAAAUUCAAUCAGGAAAAAAGAAAGAUUUUAUGAUGAACAAGAACCAAAUAUGGAAUUACAGGAAGGUGAUAUAGAUGAUUCAUUAAUUUGGAAUAUACCGAUGGCUUCUUUCUCUACUAAUUCAUUUUUGAUGUCUUCGGGGGAUCCAAAGCAUGUCAGAUCGCAUCAAUCUAAACCUCAACCAAGAUUUCCUCAAAGACAUAAUUUUGGAUCAGUACCUCAUUUUCAACCUCCAUUGAUGUCAUCUGCACUUGAUUUCAAGGCUAUGCCAACUUCUCCUGUUCCUGGGAUAGAUUCUACUUCCGAUCUACAAUUCAUAAGGGAAACUACUGAAAAUUUAUCAUCAGUUUAUUUACAAUCCUCUAAUCGUCUGUCCAGGUCUAAACUACUCGAACGUACAGACUCUGCGGAAGUGUUACCUAUUGAAUUCAAAGAAGCGAGUGAAAAAGGUAUGGAGGAUCUAAUACUUGUGUCUGAAGAUAAGCUUGAUGUUGUCAGUCAUUCAAGACCAAGUUGGUUACCUCCAAAGGAUCCCGAAGAAAAGAAAUUGCAUGAAAAUCAAAUAUCUAAAAGUAUGAGCAUUGCAUCUUUUGAACAACUGGAUAGGAAUAAAGAAUCUGAAGAACGACAUAUUCAAGAUGAAACUAACAGACAAAAAUAUGUUCUGUUAUUAGAUAGAGGUGUAACACGGAACUCCUCUAUUCAAAGUUUAAAGAAAAUGAUAUGGGAGACACCAUUAACUGUUGAUACAAGAUGGUCGAUAUAUGAUCAACUACUACAAAGUGAUGUUAGAUUAAUAUCAGAACAAUACAUCGAAUCAUUUGAACAAAUCAUGCAAGUGCUGAAUAAAAUGGAAUUCCCAAGAAACAAAGAAACUGAAAUAGAGAAAUUAAUUGAUAAUAGCAUAAAAAACAAAAUAAGUGGUAAACAGAAUAUAUCAAAUGAUUUACUAUUAAUGCUUCAAUUGAAAUCUAUCUCUCAUCAAGGUUUGAUUCCUGGUGAUGAACUAUUAUUCCAUCAUUUUCUAACUGAUCCUUCUACGAAUCAAUCGCUUCAGCACGUUUGGGAAUUAGUAAACUUGAUUCAAUUGACAUGUUUUAAUGAUUUCACUAAGGAAAAGUAUGAUAUUAAGAUAGUUGAACCACGAGGUGUAGUCUCAAAAUAUCUAUCUCAAGAUGAUAGUUUUAAAAGUGAAUUUAAUACAUCAUGCUUAAAUUCUACUACAUGGUGGAAUAUAUUAGAACGUGUUGAUCAUAAUCUAUUCAUGUGGAUAAUGGAUAUAAUUGUAGUUGCUAACAGUCAAUGUUUUAAAAAUUAUCCAAUUAAUAGAGAAAAGUUCAAAAAUAAAUCAUGGGAGUAUUACAAAUCAAAAAAAGUUAUUGUUGAAUACAAAGUUUUAGCUUCAUUUGCACUUAAUGUUCUUUUAAAUUAUCAUUUCGGUUUCAAUGAUUUGAUUUCAAUAACGACAUUAGAAGAUAAAUCAUUCUGCAUUCCUAUGCCAUUAGAUAAUCUAUUCGACGAAGGAUAUAUCAACAAUGUAUUCAUAAGGAAAUGGUUGCAUUAUUACAAGAAAUUUUAA